AUGGCGGGGUCUCACAAAGUCCAGUUAUGGAAGCAAGGCACCUUGCUUAGCGAACACACAUGGUGGAUCUUACGAGCCUCGUACCAGGAAGACCAUCGAUGGGCGUCUGUGGACUGCGUGUUUAUCAGUGUCGAUCGUGGCUUGGUCGAAAAGGACAACGUCUUCUCUGGCAGUCUCGACGGCCUUCGUCUUGUUGCUGUUGACGAGAAAUCCCAGCAGCCGACUACGCUCGAGCCCGGAUCCUUUGGCGGACUGGAAGCUUAUAGCUUCUUCUUGAGGAUCAUCUCGACACCAGCAGUUCGGGGCCAGGCGCGGCUUGUUAAGCUGAUUGUUCCACUGGCAAAGGGAUACAUCGUGCGAUCAGACAUCAUUCCUCUACGUCUUUGCGAUUGUUUAAUGGUGGAGCAAGUCUGCUCUUUUGCACAGCCGCUCCAAAGCUAUGGAGGUGAUGUCGCUUGUCUACACCCUACCACCUUCGAUAGUAAGAGAGACAACCUCUCCCUACCUGAAAUAUCAGGCAGUGCUGUGGCUGGUAUACUUGUCUGCCCGGUGGACCAGGCUGAGUUGGAAAGUGUCUCAUCAGACCUGGAUCAAGAACUUGAUAAUCGACUUUCCUUUCCAUGGAUUAUUGAGACAGAAACACCACCGCGUCAGAGGAGGCUUGCUCUCGUCGAAGCAAACAGCUCACAUCCAGAGGAUGGCCUUGGUCUCUACACCGCUGCUGCUGCGCUGGGAAUCAGCUUGGUCGUCUUGGACAACGCCGGUCACUGGCUGGAAAGCUCUGGUAGUGCCGUCUGCGAGGCAUUCCUCCCUACGCGGUUGACCAACCCUCCACAGGCAGAGAUGAAAGAUAAUAUUCUUGCAUCUCUGCAGGCCUACGGUAAACCUAUAGACGGCAUUGUCACUUUUGCAGAUACCUACUGGCCCUAUGUUGCUGAGGCCGCCAAGGCCCUUGGUCUGUCGGCCAAUUCGUCCGAUGGCCUAAGGAUCGCUACAAACAAGUAUCUUUCGAGCAUACAUGCAGGGCGCCAGGCCCAUAGCGUGAAGAGCCUCGACCAAGUUGUCUCGAUCUGCCAGGAGCACGACCUGCCUUACCCCUUAAUUGUCAAACCCUGUGGGGGAUGGAGUUCCGAAGGCGUUUACCGUGUUGAUUCACAGCCUGCCCUCGAGGAUGCCGUAAGCACCGCACUUGCUUCUCGCCACGGGCACGAACUCGUUAUUGAGCCCUAUUGUGACGGGCCAGAGGUCGAUAUUAAUCUUAUACUACAUGAUGGAGAACUUCUAUUUUUUGAAGUGUCGGAUGACUUGCCAAAAUCGGCGGAUACCAAUGGACAAAGCCAUGGCUCCCUAUCCAAUUUCCAUGAGCUAUACAGCGUUUAUCCAUCAGAACUGCCUGAUGCGGAAAUUCAGCUUUUGCGACAUACCUUCCUGGCUAUGUUACUAUCUCUUGGUAUAAGGAGUGGGGUGAUGCACCUAGAAGGACGCAUACAGGAUUCCACAGUUGAAUAUACAACCAAAGAUGUGAUGAUGGUGCUCUCCCCACGGGUUGAUAUGGGUCGUCAUUCACCAAAGGCAUGGCUCAUUGAGAUCAACCCACGCCCCCCGGGAAUGACUGGUUCUCAUAUUGUUCAAUCCACUUAUGGAAUUGACUACUGGGGAGUGGCGCUACUUUCCGCCAUGGGGGAUAAGGCUCGCGUACUUGCUCUGGCCCAGCCAUUCGUUAAAGGACCGCAAUACACCAGCGUCAUGGUCUUUAUCCCUGCAGACUUUCCACCUUCAUGUGAAGGAAUCUUUGAUUCAGACGACAUCUGCAUUGACCUUAUCAAGCGAAGACCUGAUCUCAAACCGUUUAUUAGCAGAUAUGGGUGUUUUGUGAAACGAGGGCAACAUGUUCCACAUCCCAGUACCAGCCGGAACACCUUUCUAGCUUAUUUUAAUGUCUUCUCGCGCAACAGUCGUGAAGAAGUAUUAAAGAUUGCUCAUCAGAUUCGAGAGGCAGUUACAUAUACCUUCAUUUAA